AAAUAUUAUAAUGAUCAUAAGUUUAAAGAACCAGAGACCAACAUAAAGUUUAGUGCCACUGUUGAAGAUACAGUUGGUGUGGAAUAUAAUAUGGAUGAAAUAGAUGAACAAUUCUUUAAUGACACCUUGACCAAGCAUUAUCCCAAAGUUCCUAAUGCAAAAAAGAAUAAGCUGGAGGAGAAUACUAGAAAAUGUACUGAACUUGAAUUUGAAACCAUUUGUGAUCGUUUGGAGAAAACUAUUGAAUCUAGACAACCAUUUUUAUCCAUGGAUCCCUCCAAUAUCUUAUCAUAUGAGGAAUUAUCAACUUAUAUAAUAGAUCAAUUUAAAAGCACGGUCAAAUCAAAUAAUCCUUAUGUUGAAUCAAGUGGAGGCACUCUUGAAUAUAUAUCUACAACAACUUUAAAGGAGAGAUUAUCUAAAGAAUUGAAUUAUGAACCAUUUACAACCCUCUUUGAUAAGAAUCCUAUGGAGCAAACCUCAACAAGAUUAGUACGACCAAUACCUAAGUUAUUUGAAUUGUUUGGUAAACCCAUAUAUGAACAUUGGAAGGAACGUAAAAUUGAACGUAAAGGAAAGUCCAUAAAACCUAUGUUGAAAUUCGAAGAUCCCAAUGCUAAUGAAAAAGAUAAUGAUAAUGACCCAUAUAUUUGUUUUAGACGUCGUGAGUUCAGACAAGCUCGUAAGACUAGAAGAGCUGAUACUUUAGGUGCUGAAAGAAUAAGAUUAUUACAGAAAUCGUUGCACCGAGCUCGAGAUUUAGUAUUGAGUGUAAGUGAGCGAGAACUCAUGAAACUUGAAAGUUUACAAUCUGAAUUAGAUAUAUUCAAAUUACGUUGUGAAGCCAAGAAUCUCAAACGUACUGUUGGUGUCAAAGGUGAUGACUAUUUAUUCUUUCCUCACAAACGGAAAAAGGUUAUCAAACCCAGAGAAGAAGAGGAAGAAAGAGAAGUCAAGCGAAAAGAAAGAAGAAAAGGAGAAUCAUUACAUGCACCAGUUCCCACAGUCCACAAAGACAAGCAUGUACCUCAACCACAACCUGUUGCCGAAGGUGCUGCUACGAGUCAACCAUAUGUCAAAUUACCACCUUCCAAGAUUCCAGAUAUGGAACUUGUUACUGUAUCAUUAGUAUUGAAAGAAAAGAACGAAUCCAUUAAGAGAGCUGUAUUUGAUAAGCUACGUAAGAGGAAGGAACAAGACAAGGGUUAUGUUAAUCUUACAAAUGAUCCAUAUCAACCUCAUUUUGAUAUUUCUAUGAAUGACAACACCAAGGAAUUAAGUCAUAUCCCAUAUUCAUCUAUUGCUGCUUCCAAUUUCCAUCAAAUCAAUACAUCUAAUUAUAUAAGUGAAUCUUUAAAGAAAUUAUUGGAAGAAGGUAAACCAAUCCCUGGUAUAAGAACAUUUAGAGGAUCUAAUGGUGAAUUAAUUCCAACAAAGACAUUCCCACAUAUACUGUCCUUACUUCAAGAUAGUAUUGAUCACAACAAAUACACUUCAGUCAGUUACAUUGCUCAGCUAUUGCAUAAUAUUGAAACACAUAAUUUUAAUGCUUACAAUAAUGGUUAUGGUUAUCGUCAAGGACAACGAGAGGUUGAUGAUGCAGCUAAGUUAUCAGAUCCAAUUUUCAGAUUACGAAAGAGAGCUGGUAGAAAUAACCGGGUAUAUAUUGACAGGAGAGGCUUGGUUAAAAGACCAGAUGAUGUUAUUGAUGAAUUCUUGGAUUUAGAUGCUAUGGAUGUUGAUUCAGAAGAAAAAUCAGCUAUUCCAAAUGUUUAUGAUUCAAAGGUUGAUACUAUAACUAGAUUGGAUUCUCAUUGGAGGUUUGACAAUGAUUUAUCAGAAAACCAAAUAGGUUUAUUAGAUCCAUUUAGCUUGGAUCCAUCCAAAUUAAAUUGCAUUAGUGAUGAUACACAAUCUAUUCGCUUUGGUUCCAUGUUGUUGUCGAAAUCUUAUGGUUUGUUAAAGGAAUCUGUGCAACAAAAGCAACAAAUUUAUAUGCAACAAGUUAGAAUGCGUGCACUUCAACAACAACAAUUGGCAAAUAAACAAGCUCAGUUGCAGCAGCAACAACAACAAAAUCAACAGCAACAACAAGAUCAAAGUCAAUUAACUCCACAGCAACAAGCUCAACUUCAUGCUAGGCAACAAGCUGCUCGUCAAGCCGCGGCAUCUCGUUCACAGCAACUGCCACAACGUCAAGGUAUUGCUGCUGGACGUCAAGUCGCCCAGGUUUCUAAAAUUCCAAGUGGAAGUAUUCAAAGAUCAUCUUCACAAGGGAGCCAAUCCAGUACGUCAUCCACCAGACCAUAUUCGAACUCUACUGCUAAUCGAAAACUUUCUUCUGAUGAAACCAACCCUCCAAAUUGAUAGGGCUGAUGAUUUUAGUUCUUGUGUAUAUAUGUUGUACAAUCAUUUCAAGUUUUGAAUUCUCUCGAAGAGAUUCACAAACUGGUUCUAACAUUUUUAGGACAAAAUUAAAGUAUGUAUUAUAGUGUAAUGGUUAUUAAAUUUUUUUUUAAAGUUUUGUACCAAUUGUAAUCCCUACAAUAUUUAUCUUUCUCUAUAUCUUAG